AGUGCCCAACGAAGACUUCAACUCCAUCAUUUCUCACUAAGCUACUAGCUAUUUGAUCAUGUUUUGAUUAUAUUUCCUAAUACGGAGUGUGUAUCAACGAAGACUUCAACUCCAACAAAUCCCUGGGCACACCGGUAGAUUUUAAUGGAGAGUGGCUGCAACCAUUCAUUGUCUAUUUUCUUCAUCCUUCAUCCAUUGCAAAGUGUUGCCGGGCGCAUGAACACUAACACCAUUGUUGACCAAGGAAGCUUUCUCCAGCCACGGGAUCGCAUCGGUGAAGCCCAAAUUGCAUGGGACUAGACAAGCAAACGCCUCGAGUGUUGGAAGACCUUAGCGUACCCAUCGGCAAUUAUCCCAGAUUGGCUUCACAAUUGCUUCGACAAGAAGCCUACGAAUGGUGGAAGAGAACCGAUGAGUGUGGAAACCCCUAAGCCGUGGACUUGGGCACAUUUUGAGUGGGCAUUCAAACAAGAGUAUAUUCCUAAACGUUUUAGCGAAGAUAGACGUAGAGAAUUUGUUGAACUGCAACAGGGAGAUAUGACACUCCCAGAAUAUCGCCAGAAGUUUACUAAACUUGCAAAGUUUGCGCCAACUCUAUUGAGUACCCCAACCGACCGCAUUGAGGAGUUCAGGAAGAAACUUCGACCUGACCUUAGAUCGCGGGUGUCUGUCCUAACAACUGUGGAUUUUGCGGCGGCCUACGAAAUCAUAGCUAGGGCAGAUAGUGACCUGAGUGCUUGCAUUGAAAAGGGAAAAGGCCCUUCCAAGAAUCUAACAGUUCGCACUUCUCACCGUCCCACCGGCUCUGCCUCAAAAGGGAAAAGGCCCUUCCAAGAAUCUAACAGUUCGCACUUCUCAAAGAAAGGGAAAUCAGCACAGACACACUCUGUGGCAUCGGAAAACAAAUCAAGAGGGUGGAAACACCCAUUGUGUGAUACAUGUGGGAGACAUUGUUGAAACACAAGUUUAUCGUGUUUUCGUACUAAAGCCGUGUUCAUUUUUAUGACAGGUUUUGAUAAUGCCAAACCGCCGUGAACGAGACAAGUUAUUGAAUAUACAAGGCGAGAAAUAAAUAUAAGAAGAAAGCAAGAGAACAAGA